CUCCCCUACCUCCACUAUAUAAAUGCUUUACACAGCGCCUUCAUUGCCGAAUCGUUUUCAAUUACGCUCUCAAUCCCAUUACAUUUUUUUUCCUGUAAGCUUUUCAUUUUGUUUUUUUUAUAGCGAGUGAAGAAGAUCGCGGUGACGACUCACUAAAAUUCAAGCUCAACAGACCGGAUUGCAGAGUAAUUUCCUCUUUCUUCUUUGAAAGAGUGAAACGUCUUUGCAUGUCGACUACCCCGCUGAACUGAGUGAUCUCUUCACUCGCUAAUUUUCACCAUUCGGUUUGAUUUCAUUUCUUAUUGUUCUUACUGAAUCUGGCCGGUGAUGAUUGAUAUUUUGAUUUGCCUACAUUGUCUGAUAAUUUUAUGACUGAGAACUAUCUAUCUGAGGCUUAAUUUUGAUUCCUAUUCCUUGCUAUGAUACUUCAAUUUCCAAUGAUUUCGUUUUCAUUUUAAUCUCACUGAUUAAAAUUUCAGUCCGAUUUUCCUUUUGUAGAUUUAGUGAUGCAGUUAUCGAAAAAGAAGAAAAAUCAUAGUCGCAUGAUUUGGAUUCGUAUUUCUAGCUAAUGAUAUUUCAAUUUCCGAUGAUUCCGUUUUCAACUGUGUUCUUGAACUUUUUUUUCAUUUUCACUGAUAAGAAAUCCAUUUCGAAUCUCUUUUUGUUUAUUUUAGGGAUGCAAUUAUCGAAAGUAAAAAGAAUCAUAGCCGCAUGGUUCUGAUUCAUACUCCUGGCUCUGAUAGAUUAUAGAAUUUUAACUGAUUUCCAAAACUAUGCAUACUUGACUGUUUUCUUGAUUGUCGUCACUCAUAGAAUUUCAGUCGGAUGAUGUUUCAGGAAAAUGGGGAAAUGGAGGUUUUAAAUGCUGUUUUCAGUGUUUGAUCUUCAUCUUUAUUGUUCUUGGUCUCCAAACUUUCUGCAAAUCCAUUUUGAUCAUUGAACUUUAUGUUAUAAGAACUAAUUUAAUGCUUUACAGUUACAGUCAGAUUUUUCAUGAAUCAUUGUUUAUUUGUUCAGCUGGAUUCGAGGCUUCAGAUGAUAAUGUUUAGUGAACAGAAUGAGAUUUUACUCCGUGCCUAUUGCUUCAUUACAACAUGAAGAAUUGAGAUUUUAUGUAAAAGUUGAUUAUUUACCUACCAUAUUUUAAUCAUGAUUGGCCAUUAUAGGAAUUAAAGAACGAUUAACAAGUUUGGUCCAAAUAAGGGAUUUUAUGCCUCAUUUGAGAUUGUGCCUCCAUGAAGAGUUUAGUCACCACCUGGUGUUUGGUGUUCAGGUUCUUGAAAUUGAGGAGGAUAACUUGUUUAUUUUGAUGGAUUCUUCUAUGACCCGUGAAAUGUAAAUAAAAUGCUUAAUGAAAGCAUUGAGUAAAUUAGGUAUAUAACAUAUGAACCCAAUUGCAACAUUAAGGCAAAAAGAUACUAUAACCCAAUUUCAACAUUGAGAGAAAUCUUCAUAAUUAGUUUCGUAUUUUUUGUACUAUUAGUGUACUUUAGUUGCUUAUGAAAUGCACCUUAGUGUUUUUUUUUUAUUUAACUAUUCUAAGAUGAGUUUCAUUAAAAUAAUUAACCACAAAUCAAGUCCUCAUUAAGAGUAGAGGAUAUCCAAUUUUGUACUCAAUUUUGGAAACAAGACAUUACUCUCACAAAACCUCAGUCUUCAACACAGGAGGAAACAAUAUGAGUAUUAAAAAGAGUAAAAAACAGCUUAUGUAAGAGAGUGAUCAAUUAAUGACAUGUUUGGAAGUGGUUUAAUAAUGGUUAAAAUCAUUCAAUGAUGAACAUAGAUUAGAUAUUGAAUUGAUUAUAAGUGAUUUUUAACCCAAGUGAUUUUCAUAAUUGGAUUGGAUAGCCUCACCUUUCCUUUAGUGGCCCUCUACAGAUGAAUUGUUAAUGGUGUCUAUGUACUCGCUUCAUCUUUAUAAUUGUUUUAUCAAUAUUUGGAAGAACAAAAAUUAUUUUUCUAAGACUAGCAUGAUAUACACCACCACAACCAACCACAUACAAAACCCUUAAUCAAAGGGGGAAUACUAUGUGAGAAGUUGGGAGAUAACCUAACAAAAACCUAACUGUUAAGAGAUGGGUAAAGCCAUGACAGAACAGCUAUUAACUAUUUUCUUGGGAAAAUUCGGUGGUUAAGCCUUUUAUGACCAUUUUCUUAUAGAUCUAUUAUUUUGUAAGCCUUUUCCAGAUUUAGUUCUUUUAUGUUUGACUUGAAAAUUUAUCUUUCAAAUUGGUUUUUGGCUUUUACCCAUGAUUUUCAUCAUUUAAAAAAGGAAACGUUUGAACUUUUUAAAAAAUUACUUGCUUUAGCUUUUCAAUACUCAGCUUGGAUUUUGUAAACCAUAAUAGAAAUGAAUAUUAAAGUAAAGAAAACUAAUAGGUGCUAAAGAAAAAUAAAUAAGUAAACAAACCUUUUUAAAAAUUAGAAGUCAGAUGGUUGUCAACAAAAUUGUAUCAAGCCAAAUAUCUAAAAUUUAGAAACUUGUAAGACACAAAACCUAUAUACAUUUUAAAGACUCGUAGACCUUUCUCUUCAUAACUAAUCGCAUUACAAAAAAAUUCCAAUUUUCAAAACUGAAAUUUUAAUAAUGGAAGGGGUUUUGAGCAACUGGCUCUUUAUUUUAUUUUUCUUUUAAAACCAUUUUGUGUGAAAGAUGAGCCCUAAUGAGAAGUCGUGGGCUCAAAGGGAUGGGCCUAUAGGAAAAGAGAUGGGCAAGAGGUAUAGGCAGCUAGUUCCUACCCUAGAAUAGGGUUCUACCUGGUUCAGACCGUUUAUAACAACCACGAACCGAACCGAACCUAACAAACUAAAUUUUUUAAUACGGAAUAAACUGGCAAAACUUAAAAGAAAGAGAAAAAUGAAAACCGGUCCAAGUGAGUUGGACCGUCUUGGUUUCUCAGUUUUUCGAUUAUUAUCAUCAUUUUUAGAAAUUCAUGAUGUGGAGUCAAAAAUCAUAAUGGAAAGUACUUUUGGAAACACUUUACGUUGCUUUAUAAAAAGUUUUAAGUUAGAAUUAGGAAGCACUUUCCGUCCAACUGCUUGACUGGAAAGCACCUUAGAAAGAAACAAACUGUUUACACCAAACAUGAAACAUUCCCCAUUCUAAUUUGAUGCUUCCUCCUCUUCAUUUCUGCCCUAAUUUCUCAUUUCUUCUUUCUCUACUCCAUUUUUUAUUCUCUUAAGUUCUCAUUUCAGUGAAAAUACUGAGAGGAUGAAUUGCUGCUGCUGGGUCACAGGGAAAAUAAAUGUCCAGGAGUUUAGCUACUAGCGAUGAAAAAGAGAGGCAAACAAAGGCUGUUUGGGACGAUGUUACUGUUGAUUCAUUCAUAAAUGUUUGUGUUACCGAGACAUUAAAUGGGCAUAGACCUCGUGGUUAUUUUACGAAAAUUGGAUGGAGGAAUGUAGUUAAGAACUUCUAUGAAAGGACUGGAAGAAAUUAUGGGUACAAGCAACUUAAGAACAAAUGGACAACACUCAAGAAAGAUUGGCAAGUUUGGAAUGAUUUGAUUGGAAAUGAAAAAGAAAUAGGAUGGGAUCCUCUAAGGCAAACCAUUGAUGCAACUAGUCAAUGGUGGGAUCACAAAUUAAAGGAUCUUCCUGAGGCAGCCAAGUUCCGAGCAAAAGGACUACAAAAUGUGGAGCUCCUGAACAUUCUUUUUAAAGAUGUUGCAGUCAGUGGAGGAGCUUGGGCCCCAACCCCAUCUCAAGUUGUUUUACGCAAGGCUACAAGUGAUGGGAUUGAAGAUUAUAAUGAUGACACAACAGGAGACACAAAGUUCAACAAUGUUGAAAGUAACACGAAUGAAGUUAAUACUAGUGCUACUUAUACUCAAGGGAGUGAGAAAAGGAGGAAAAAAGUAGAUUCAAAGGUUGGAUCGCCUUGUAGAUUGUUUGGUGCAUUAGAUCGUCUUUGUGAUGUCAUAGAAUAUAGAAGAAGAGAUUUACCAGGAUGUAGUACUCUUGAAGUAAUGGAAACUUUAAGAGGCUUACCUGGAAUUAUAGAAGGUGAUGAGUUGUAUAUGAAGGCUGCAGAUAUCCUUAUCAAAAGAGAAAAUAGAGAAAUGUUUGUUGCAUUACGAAAGCCGGCGAUACAAAUUACAUGGCUUAAGCAAAAAAGGGUUUGACAUUAUACUAAUUUGACAAUAAACCUUUUAAAAAAAUUUUGAUUGUUAGCCUUAGUGGAAGACUUAGUUUUGUUUUGUUCUUCCAUUGCCAUUAGAUCUCUUUGUCUUGUUAGAUAUAAUACUAUCAGAUUAUACAACAGUUUUAGUGAAGUGUAAGAGAUUAUGAGA